ACCGCUCGCACACGUGUACGCGUCUCUUCUCUUAAAUGCGAAACAUCGUCGACGCUUCUUCACAUCAGCAGCGUCGCCGCCGCCGCCGGGACCGAGUCAGGGCCCGUCUCAGGAAUCGCACGUGUGCGGCACGCACGCGCUGGAGUGGACUCCGGUUGACCAUGGUUACCGCGGCGAGAGGGAUGCUCGGAAUGUGCGCCUACCUGUGUGUGUGUGGCGUCAUGACCUCUCAUGUGCCUUCGAGGAUGACCACGACCAUUCAGAACCUACUGCAGCUUUAUAAGAUUCCGCCCAAAGAACGUUUCAACGGCCUCCCCGUCUUCUCCAGAGAGCUGCUGAGCACUAAGAUGGAGGCCAAGGAAAUGCUGAUGUCGGCGGUGCUACAGACGUACGAGAAGCUGUUGGGGCACAUGCUGAAGGAGCCGCCCGGCCCUCCGGCGUCCGACUCGGGAGACGACGCCCGAGUCGGGCUGAACUACCUGCUGAAGUGCGUGCGGGAUCUGCGCAAGUACAGGUAUCAGGAGCAGGACAAAGUUCUCAGCGGCCUGAGCGAGCUCCAACACCUUCAGAUGGACAACUUGGUGGUCCAAAGCAAAGCAUUGUGGGAGCUGCCCAGCCUGUACAAGGAGGCCAGUUCGUUGGCAGAGAGUGGCCGGGCGGGGACGCCCAAUCGCCUGCGGACUCGAAGGCAAACGCGGCCGCUGUGGCGCCGCAGGCGAAAAGCGUGAGCUCAUGGGAUGCCUUCUCAUUUCAUCACAUGAGACUAUUUAUUCGCACGCACGCACACACAUUUUGAUGAUGCUAUUUAAGCUUGAUUUGUUCUUAUUUAUGAGCUAUUUAUUUGAUGAGCACCUAAUAAAGAUGCUACAAUUCUAUUGGCUGCUGACACGUUUUCAUUGAGCAAGAGAGUAAGCGCCAUUUGGACUUCUCAGAAGAAGAAGAAAACUUCCAUGGCCUUGGUGGGAAUCAUUUGGCUUCCUGGAUACGCCUGGCAGGACGUGACGUAGGUAGGGGCAGUCGCAGGUCCAGAGAACAAGUAGGAAUCAACACCUGAGUGGCAAAAAAAAAAAAAACACCCACCGCAUCUCCAACGCUUCAGGUCAUUGAUGCGCCAUUAAUCAUCUUACGUCAAGCUAAACUUGGUCAAAGCUCGGAAACAAGCGGCGGGGGCGACUGCAGCAGCCACGACAGUCAAACAAACCCAUGACAACACGGAAAGAGAAACUGAGACUCAAUGACUCUCGUCAUCGUGUGUGUGUGUGCGUGUGCGCGCGCGCGUGUGUGUGUGUGUGUGUGAGCGAGUGAGAGCGAGCGUUUCGUUGUGAGUCAGCAUCGGAAAAGGAAACAACUUGUUGCACAUCUCAAAAUGUGUCAGACGACGUGGAAUAUUGACUUGAUUUGCAUUCCUAUUUGACAUGUCGAAACGUCUCCGCCCAGACAUUUAGUGGCAGUCACAAAUGGAAAUGUAUUUCCGCCACAAGAAGAUCUGGAAAAGAUCACAAUGCACACGCGUUUUUGUCCCCUUCUUCACGGAGUGAAACUAAAAAAGAGGGGGAAUUCCACAAACACGUCACAGGUGACAAGCCAACGUCGACGCCAUUUCCGCAAUGCUCCGCUUUACCAAACCGUCUUUCUCUUGAAGUCUGUUGUUUCGUGUAAUGUUCUGUUUGCAGAUGCGUGCGUGCGCUUGUGUGCGUACCCGUUUUCACGACACAUUGUGUUGUUGUUUUUGUUGUUUUUUCUUGGGAGCUUCAGGGGAUGCUUUGGGAAUAAUUAUCAAUUUGUUUUGUAGUAAUCCGUGAAGCCCUUUGAGACUGCUUGUGAUUUAGGGCGAUAUAAAUCAACUUGACUUGACUUUUUGAUGGCGCUCGUUGUAGUGUACGUCGUAUCGAGCGUUGUCACGUUGUGUUUUGCUGCCACCUGGUGGACACGAUUGCGCACAAGCUCGAUCGCUGCGUCUGUAUAGGGUCCAGUUAAUCGUCACACACUCGACUUUUCUUGAUGACCA